UAGAGAUAGGAAGAAACGCAGAGUAACUGUGUUCUUGUAAGCUGUCCGGGCAUUCGAAAAUCUGGCGGGGGCUCCUUAACUUCGUUCAGGAACAAAUACGAAUUGCAAAGAAAUAAGCGGCGUUAUAUUAUACGCUCCACUGCUAGAAACACGCUACUUCCUUCCCUUUCCCGGGCUUUCUAUAAUAUUGUCACGGAAAGGAAACAAUGGCGCAACUUCAAGUCCAGGUCCUUCAGCCCUGCAAAUUACACUAUUGCAAACUCACACACACGGCCUCCUUCUCUCAGCCUCCCAUAUUCAAACCCAAUUACGAAAGACGCCUCAUGUUGCCUCGUAGAACUCUACUUCUGUAUCCCCCGCUCGCGGUUCAAUCUCGCACUUUAUGCAAGAUGAACGGAUCAGAUAUGAUUUCACAGCUGGAACUUGGAAAAUCUGGGGAUAAAAGGAAACCGGAGAAACGAGUGAGCGGAAUAUUCUGGAUCAUACUCCUUAACAUUGGAGUAUAUGUGGCAGAUCAUUUCUUUCAGGUUCGUAGCAUUAAAACUUUGUACUUGUACCAUAACUGGCCCGCUUGGUAUCAGUUUCUCACAGCGACAUUUUGUCAUGCUAAUUGGAAUCAUCUUUCUAGCAACCUUUUCUUCUUGUACAUUUUUGGUAAAUUAGUUGAAGAAGAGGAAGGGAACUUCGCUUUGUGGCUUUCCUACAUUCUCACGGGUGCUGGGGCAAACCUUGUUUCGUGGUUGGUUCUACCGCGAAGUGCGGUUUCCGUAGGAGCUUCUGGUGCAGUUUUUGGAUUAUUUACGAUCAGUGUCCUUGUAAAGAUUUCAUGGGACUGGAGAAAGAUUCUUGAAGUGCUUAUACUGGGGCAGUUUGUCAUAGAGAAGGUGAGCAGGAGAAACAAAUGUCAUGGAAGCGGCCCAAGCUUCAACCGCAUUACCCGGUACCUUUCGGGGAGGCUACUUAAUGCAAAGUGUCAAUCACAUUGCACAUCUUUCUGGGGCUCUUGUUGGCGUGCUUUUAGUCUGGCUUCUGAGCAAAGUGCCCUCUGAUCCUUCAGACCAAGUAUCCACUUUGCAGAGGAAAACGGGAAGAACUCCGUAGACCGCAGGCAACGUCUUUAGUUUAAUAUCCAGUCAAAUAAUUUAAAUCAGAAGACACACGCUCUCUCACUUCCUUUGUCAUUCUUAGACGGUAUAUUCAAUUCAAAUUUAUUAUCCUCAGGCAUUGUUUUGUGAUGAACGUUUGCAAUCGGGGAAUGAGAUAAAAUGGCAAAAUUUAGCUUGAAAGAAGAUUUACGAAGGAAA